UGAUUGCCGGCCGGCCGCAACGGCUCGGCCAAUAAGAGCGGCGUUCAUUUAGAGGCUGAAAGAUGGUGUCACCGGCGGUGGAGUUAUCGUCGCUGGAAAAGACGCUGGGGCUGAGGAGGGUUCCAGUGCUGCAGACAAAUAAUGGACCUUGUUUAGAGGGGUUGAUAACCAUCGCGUCUCAUCUGGUAAAAGCAGCUAAAAGAGAGGAACUACUGGGGACCACCCCUGAGAAGUGUGCUGUUGUUCAGCAGUGGCUUGAAUAUAGAGUAACUCAAGUAGACAAAUGUACCACUCAAGAUGAUAAAAAAAUGAUUUUAAAGGAACUCAAUUGCUACCUUGAGGAUAAGGUUUAUCUGGCAGGAAACAGCUUCACUUUAGCAGAUAUCAUGUUGUACAAUGGUCUUCAUCCUAUUGUGGCUGCACUGACCCAUGAAGAUCGAGAGAAAUAUGUGAAUGUUUCACGAUGGUUCAACCACAUCCAGCAUUAUCCUGGUGUCCGACAACAUUCUGCUGCUAUCGUCUUUGUGAGAAGUAGGCUGUAUCCUACUGUCCACUAGAAAAGCUGCAUACACUUUGGGGCUGUAACUAAACAUAAAUCUUGUCAGGGUUGAAAUUAAGGUUAAUAAGGGCACAUUUUCUGAUCUUGACAUAGAAGGGAUUGAGCCACCUUUUCUUUUGUCCGCCUGGACUGUUCACCUUCAUGUGAAAAUGUAACUCUUAAGCUAAUUUUUAAUUUUCAGUUGUUUUAUAAAUUGUCUCCACAAUAGGCUGUAGUCAGGUUUUUUCCUAAUGUGCAACCAUUUGUUUCAUCAAAUCAUGUUCAGAAUGACUUAGUUUUCAACAGAGAAAAGAGCCAUUUUGCUCUCACAUGCAUAUCAGUGUUGAUGUUGCACUCCAUCUCUCCGAAUCCACCUCACUCCUUAGCUGCCUCCUGUUUGUUUCACUACUUCCUCAGGUAAUGGUUUCCACAUUUUUAAUGCUCCAACAGUAAUGAAGCUUUUCCUACUCCCCAGUAUUGUUUCUGGUGAUUGCCACGUGUUGAUAUUUAGUUUUGCUUUCCCCUUAUCCCUCAACCUACUCAUUUCAAGAGAGGGAAACCCAAUCUGUUCAUCCCCUUGUGAGAGUUGAAUGACUUUUCUGGUCCCAUCUGACAUUUCUUUAGUGUUUGCUAUACAUCUUCCUUGUAGUCUGAGUGCAGUUCUCCAAAUUUAACUGAACCAAAGUUCACUGCAGGUUUUGCAUAACUUCUUGGCUUUUCAAUUUUAUUUAUCUAAAAUUAAACCCAAAUAGAACUUCCUUUUUGUUGAUUGGUACUGUAAGAUUCUUUAGUCUUCAGUCACUAUUGAGAAUUUACUUAGCCAACAUCAUUAGUUUUGACAAGACCAAAAACAAGUCUCAUUUCCAAGCAGAUUUUUCAUUUAAGGUGUUGCGGAGAGUUGGAGUUCUCAAACUGCCACCUUGGUUUGAACGUGGCCUACUGUCUGUCUGUGAUAUUUUAAUCAACUGCUAAUUAUCUUGCCCACUAUUGAUGGCAACUUUACAGUAAAUACUCUAUUGUGUUUCACUGUGGACUGUGCUGUUAAAUGUGCACUUCUAAGUAUAUCAACUGGUUAAUGUUUCUUUUCAUGUUAAUUGUGGUUGGGAACAGUUCCACAAGCAAUGUGUUUUAUGUGGCUUAUGUUUUAAAAUUGUUUAUGUUUCUUUUAAAUUCUAUUGAUUUGAUAGGGAAAAGUGCCAAUUCUAUAAGAACUUUCUCAAUGGCAGGCAGCAAUCUUGGAUGAUUGUGAAGAUCUCUGGCUUGUGACUAUACCAUCUUUACACAGAUCCCCUCUUAAAUCCAGUGAUCAUUUUACAUUGUACAAUUAAUAUUUAUUGGUGCAUGUCUGCAAUUAAAGUAUGCUAUAUUAAAUCGUAAAU